GGCAUAUUUAUUAUCAUUAUUUAAAAAAAAAAAUACAGCUGUUUCAUUAUUGUAAAUUAAAGUAAUCUAUUUUGCUAUAAAUAUAAACAUGGAGCAAACAAACGAAUUUUUAAAUGAAACAAAUGUUUUUUCCCAGUACAUUGGAAUAAUAAUUGCUAUUUUUGUGAUAAUUUUAAGUCUAGUUUUCUUCACAUGGCGGAGAAGAAAAUCUGCAGGACGCAGUAUUUUGCUCACGGGUUUAAGUGAUGCUGGAAAAACUCUUCUGUACGCACGUUUAGUUCAUGAUAAAUUUAUUGAGACUUAUACAUCUGCAAAAGAAAAUAUCGGUGAUAUUGAUAUUAAUGAUAAAAGUCUCCAAGUAGUUGAUAUCCCUGGUCACGAACGUCUACGAUACAAAUUUAUUGAUAAAUAUAAGACACAAGCUAUUGGUUUAAUAUAUGUCAUAGAUUCUGUUUCUAUACAAAAAGAUAUACGUGAUGUUACUGAAUUUCUAUACAACAUACUAUCAGAUUCAAAAAUCCAAAAGAUUCCCGUGUUAAUUCUCUGCAACAAACAAGACCAAACUAUGGCCAAAGGCAGUGCUGUCAUCAAAACAAUGAUUGAAAAAGAAAUGAAUCUAGUUCGCGUUACUAAAUCCAAUCAAUUAGAAGCAACUGACGCUACGACCGCAUCUUCUUUUAUUGGAAUACAGGGAAAAGAUUUUGAAUUUUCUCAUUUGAAUAUAAAAAUUGAAUUCGCUGAAUCGAGCGCUUUUGAUAAAGAAUCUGAUACUUCUGCUGAUAUUGUCAGUGUUAAUGAUUGGCUUAAAAAAAUUACUUAAUUAAUAUUUGAUAUUUUAAUUAUUAUCAUUAUUGUCUUGUCAUAUUUUUUUAUAUACUUAAUGCUCAUUUAUUUUAAUAAAAAAAUAA